GUAAGUUUCACCCCUGGUCUCUAAACUCAAAAACAUGUUUGGUUACAGACUAAUACAUGGGACAAUUGUUUAGAUUAUCCCGUAUCGGCCACCCACAGGGUGCACUUCGAUGUCUCCAGUUUCGGUGGGCAUAGGGAUGUGGUGCCACAUAUGUCCAUACCUAAAAUGGCACGUAUCACCUGCUGGACACUUUGUUAUAGGAAGUACCAUCUAAGUAAUCAUGGCCCAAUGAUAGCCUAGCAACCUCCGAGGACUCUCCCAUGCAGAGACAUCCGUAUUGCGUUGCUGUCGAGGUUAUAACCUUACCUACAAUCCUGCCGAUUUUGUUCGUGCAUUUGUUCGUGCGUGAUCAUGGACACGACAUCUAUCGUAUUCCGUCUCACGACCAUCGUUCGCUCGCUCAAGGUACUCGAUAUAGCUGUUGCCGUUGCCGGCGUUCUAGCCUUUCACGUUGCUGUCGGUGAAACUAGGAGGAGGUUCAAGACCACCCAACUCAGAGGACCACCCGUGUCGAGUUUCAUCUUCGGGGCUGGGAAGGAUGUCCUUGACUCACCUGAUUCAGGAGAGGUAUACGAAGCAUGGGCCCAAGAGUAUGGCGUCGCAUAUGAGGUCCCUCUCGCGCUAGGGAAGAAGAAGAUAAUUCUAUGCGAUCCUAAAGCCAUUGCGCACUUUUUUGCGGGGGAUACGUCGACUUAUGGCCACACGGCGUUGGAUAAAGUCACUCUUGAACGUAGCGUCGGGAAAGGGAUACUCUGGGCUAUGGGCGAAAACCAUCGAAGGCAGCGCAGGUCCAUGUCUCCGGCCUUCACUUAUGCAUCCAUCGGGAAGUUGACGCCCGUCUUUUACAAUUGUGUUUAUAAGGUGAAAGCCGGAUGGGAUGAAAUCAUUGACGCGAACGAUGAGGAUAGUGCUAUUAUAGAAGUUGCCCAGUGGAUGAAUCAUCUUUCGCUUGAUUCUGUCGGUUUGGCAGGUUUUUCUCAUGACUUUGGCGCUCUCGACGGGAAAAAGGCUCCAGUGACACAAGUUUUCGAAGCGUUUCAAGACUCAUCCAAGCGUAAUGAUAUGAGCUCUGGGGUGUUUCUCCUUUUGCAGGUCUUUCCUGCGCUGGUAUAUAUUCCCUCACCUAGGAUGAGAUUGGUGAGAGAACUCCACUACGCGAUGGUAGACGUUUGCAAUGCUAUGCUGGAUAAAACGAAGAAAGAGAAGGAGGCGGGUGCGUUGGCUGGGAGGGAAAAGUCGAUAAUUGAAGUCUUGGUCCAGGCUGAGGGAACAGACUCUGCUUUCUACGCAACUCGGGAAGAGGCUCUAGGCUCAGGUAAUUUAAUGAAAGCAUUACUCAUUGCUGCCUACGAAAGCAGCGCAAUCAACCUGGUCUGGGCAUUGGUGGAACUUGCUCGGAAUCCAGAUGUUCAAACGACGUUGCGAGAAGAACUAUUAGCUUGUCGUGCCGAUCCAACUUACGAACAACUCAACAAAGGUCUUCCCUACUUGGAUGCUGUAGCACACGAAACUUUGCGGCUCCAUCCAUCUAUACCGGAUUUCGAACGCAUUGCAGAGAAGGACGACGUGAUCCCUCUUUCAGAACCGGUACACACCAAAGCGGGCGAGGUCCUUGACAGUAUACGCGUUGCAGCUGGCACUCUCGUCGCUAUAUCGACGCCUUCCGUCAACCGUUCCGCUGCCAUAUGGGGUAUAGACGCGAAGGAAUUCAGGCCCGAAAGAUGGAUCGACAAAGACGGCAUCACGAAGAAAGCGCAGGAAAUUCAAGGACAUCGGCACUUGCUUUCUUUCGGAGAUGGACCACGGAUGUGCAUCGGUAAAGGGAUCGCUUUGACGAUGUUCAAGGUGGUUUUAUCAGUGUUGAUGAAGAACUACGUAUUGGAAAUGAGGGAUGGCCCAAAUACGAAGAUUGAGAUGGGAAGGGCUUUGUCGGUGCGCCCGAAGGUGGCUGGUGAACAGGGUGCCAGAUUACCGCUGCGCGUGAGGCGAUACGAGGGAUGAAUGGUGAGCGAUCGGCAACUGUCAGCGUGGACCAUCGAACCUUCCUGUCCGGUAGCCGCUAG